UUGCUGGUUGAGAAGACAACCGACUCCCCGGCGGCCGAGUUCUCGCUGGUGGAGGACGUGGCGCUGCACUUUGCCUGCUUGAUGGGCCGCCUGAACGAGCAGCGCCUCUUUCAGCCUGACCUGUGCGACGUGGACCUGGUGCUGGUGCCGCAGCGCAGUGUCUUCCCGGCCCACAAGGGCGUGCUGGCCGCCUACAGCCAGUUCUUCCACUCGCUCUUCACACAGAACAAGCAACUGCAGCGCGUCGAGCUGUCCCUGGAGGCUCUGGCACCUGGCGGCCUGCAGCAGAUCCUCAACUUCAUCUACACGUCCAAGCUGCUGGUCAACGCCGCCAACGUGCACGAGGUGCUCAGCGCUGCCUCGCUGCUGCAGAUGGCCGACAUUGCCGCGUCCUGCCAGGAGCUGCUGGACGCCCGCUCCCUGGGCCCGCCAGGUCCCAGCACCGCAGUGGCGCUGGCCCCCCCAGCUGCCAGCUGCACCCCGGCCACGCCACCCUACUACUGUGACAUCAAGCAGGAGGCCGACGCCCCCGGCCUGCCUAAGAUCUAUGCCCGUGAGGGCCCUGACCCCUACUCGGUGCGUGUGGAGGACGGGGCAGGCGCUGCUGGGGACACGGUGCCAGCCACCAUGGGGCCUGCCCAGCCCUUCUUCAAGGAGGAGAAGGAAGCAGGCGUGGAGGAGGCUGGCGGGGUGUGCAAGCUGGAGGGGGGUGAGGAGAUGGAGGAUGAGCUGGGGGCCCCGGGCACCUAUGGCCACCAGGAACAGUCCCAGAUCAUCGUGGAGGUCAACCUCAACAACCAGACGCUGCACGUGUCCACAGGGCCAGAGGGCAAGCCGGGUGCAGGGGCCAGCGCAGCCACCAUGGUGCUGGGCAGGGAGGAUGGGCUGCAGCGACGCUUGGAGGACGAAGAGGACGAGGAAGAGGAGGCGGAGGAGGAAGGAGAGGAAGGGGGGAGGAGUGGAGGUCAGGAGGAGGAGGGGGGCGGCAGUCAGGGAGAGGAAGAAGAGGAGGAGGAGGAAGGGCACAGUGAGGGGCAGGAGGAGGAGGAGGAGGAGGAAGGGCACAGCGAGCAGGACCCUGAGAGCUCUGAGGAGGAAGAGGAGGAGGAGGAAGGGGAGGAGGAGGAGGAGACCACAAGCGGGCAGGGCUCGGCAGGGCCUGGGAGGUGCCAGGCCGGCCAGGCGGACCCCACUCCCCAAGGUCGCAUGGCCACGAGGUCCCGGGAGAACACACGGCGCCAGGCCGUGUCUGAGCCCGAGGAGGCCGGACAGCGUGGGAAGCGGCCCAAGCCCCCUGGGGUGGCCGGCACCCCAGCCCACGCACCGUCAGCUGCAGACGGGCUAGGUGCCAAGGUGAAGCUAGAGGAGAAGCAGCACCACCCGUGCCAGAAGUGUCCCCGGGUCUUCAAUAACCGCUGGUACCUGGAGAAGCACAUGAACGUCACGCACAGCCGCAUGCAGAUCUGCGACCAGUGUGGCAAGCGCUUCCUGCUGGAGAGCGAGCUGGUGCUGCACCGGCAGACAGACUGCGAGCGCAACAUCCAGUGUGUGACAUGCGGGAAAGCCUUCAAGAAACUGUGGUCCCUUCAUGAGCACAACAAGAUUGUGCAUGGCUAUGCGGAGAAGAAAUUCUCCUGUGAGAUCUGUGAGAAGAAGUUCUACACCAUGGCCCACGUGCGCAAGCACAUGGUGGCCCACACCAAGGACAUGCCCUUCACCUGCGAGACCUGCGGGAAGUCCUUCAAGCGCAGCAUGUCCCUCAAGGUGCACUCGCUGCAGCACUCAGGGGAGAAGCCCUUCCGGUGCGAGAACUGCAGCGAGCGCUUCCAGUACAAGUACCAGCUGCGGUCGCACAUGAGUAUCCACAUUGGCCACAAGCAGUUCAUGUGCCAGUGGUGCGGCAAGGACUUCAACAUGAAGCAGUACUUCGACGAGCACAUGAAGACGCACACGGGGGAGAAGCCGUACAUCUGCGAGAUCUGCGGCAAGAGCUUCACCAGCCGGCCCAACAUGAAACGGCACCGACGCACGCACACCGGCGAGAAGCCCUACCCGUGCGACGUGUGCGGCCAGCGCUUCCGCUUCUCCAACAUGCUCAAGGCGCACAAGGAGAAGUGCUUCCGCGUGAGCCUGCCCGCCGCCGCCGCCUCCACGCAGGCCCCCGGGCUCGGCCCACCACCCUUCCCUGCAGGGCCUGGCACGCACCACUGAGAUCAGGCCACCUGGGCCCGUGGGGACCCCUUGCCCUCUCUGCCACUCCUGGAAGCCUUGACUCCUUUGUUUAAUUUCUUUUUGGAAGUGGAGGUAGAGGAAGAGGUUUGCAGCAGCCCUCCGGGUGAGGGGUGCUGUUGGCCACGGGUUGGGGGAGCAGCCCCCUCACCUUUGCCAGGCCUUUCUCACGUCUCCUGCAGGGUUUGGGGGAGUUGGAGGUCCAGCCCCUUGGAGGAGUUGUGGGCCGAUUUGAAGGCCGUGGACACAGAAGCAGGGCUCAAGCUGGACCCUGGGGCCCUGGGGCCUGGAGUGUCUGGGGCCAAGAGGGCCACCUAGCUCUGUGGGAGCGGGCAGAUGGGGCUGGCCCCCAAGGGUUUACCCUGCUCCUUGAUACCCCUGCCAGCUGGCAGAGGGGUCCCCAGCCUGCACCAGCUGCCAUGAGGGCUGCGGAAGCUGCCGGGUCCCUGUACAGCGGCGACGCCCUGGGCAACAGGUGCGUGACUCCCCCAGUGCUAGCCCCAGGGCUGCGACUGGUGCAACCUCAGGGGCAGCGCCCAGGAGGAGGCUCGGCUCCGGCAGCCUUGAGGGAUCCAAGGUGCUACAGUGGGGCGGGGCCGGGGCGGCUAUGCACAGAGCACCUGGCCUCCGCCAGCCACCAAGGCUGCACCCCACACCCAGAGAUGCUGCGCCUCCGCCCCCAGCCCACCUUCCUCCCGUCCCUCCCGGGCCUCACCAGAGGGAUGGGGCAGUGCCCGCGCCCUGUCUGCGAGGGAGCUGCAUGUCCAGGCCCCGGGGGGGUGGCGUCCGGCCUGCGGGCAGGGCUGAACCCUGGAGGCCAGCACUACUAAUAGGAUAGCCUUUUCUGUUGUCAUUUAACGUCUUCAUUCCUGCCGAGAAGGGCGAGAAGGUUCCAUAAGCUACACAUCUCCUAGCUAAGCUCUUCCUGUCGUGUCCAUGCAGUUUUGUUUGUUAUACUCUUUGCACCUUACACCCCGCCUCUCCCCCCCACUACCACCUUCCAAGCACGGCAGGUGUGGGAAGAGGCCUGGGCCUGGGGACUCUGAACCCUCAGCACUGGGGCAGAGGGCUGGGGACAUUUUAAUCAUCAAUAAACAAAGCACUUUAUUCUCUACAGAUGUGGGCAGGCCCCAGGUACCUGAGUGACUUGAAGACCGAUCCCAAGCUCUUGGUGUAAGGGGCUGUCCAGGCUUGGGGCGGGAGAGGGAGCCAGUGACCCCCAGGCACCUGUAUCCUGUGGGUCCCCCAGGGAAGGAAGGUGUCCCUGUGGCCCUACAGCCCACGGAGCCCAAGGCUGGGGUUCCGGCAUCCUGUAGGCUGCCCCUGGACGGAGCCUUUCCUCCUCUGCACCCUUUGGUCUCCGGGCUUCCCUGGGCUUCUGUGGCGUCCUCUGGUCCCGUCUCUCCCACUCGCUAGCUCAAACCUCCGGCCUCAGUGCCUGAAGCUCUUUAGGGCUCUUUUUCUAAAAAUCUGAUCUUGCUUCGUGGGCUGUAGGCAGGAACCCCGGAACUCCCCCGACCCAUCCCUGGCCCCAGGCUCUCCCCGGGGGGCUGGGCAGCCUCACUUCAGCAAGCAGAGGUCGCGUGGGUGUGGGAGCCGGGCUCUCUGUUCCCGUGUGUCGCCCUGACGGGGCAGGGAGUGGGGUCCGGGCCACGGGCCGCAGUGAGGAUGGUUGCUGUGCCGGGAGGUGGUGCAGCCCCCCGUCCUGGGAGGCCCCGGCCCUGGUGCUAAGCGUGUACCUCGCCUCAGGCUCCUUUCCAUUGCUGCUGGAAGCAGUCACAGAACUUGCAGCGCCGUGUGGAUGGUGCUCUUGUCUGGCCAGCUUGCAUGGUUUGUUUAAAGAAGCGAGUGAGCACCCGGUUAUUGGAGUGGGAGGCUGAGGCAGAGCACCUGCUUUUCAGAGCUGGGGCAGAGGGGCUCGGUCGUCCUCUCCAGAGUCCUGCUGGCACCCUCUCUCCAGCCGGGUGCACCAGCCUCGGGUCUGCAGUCUGUCUCUGCCCCUCUCCGGCUCCCUGGCCAGCGUGAUGGGGGCCCUGGCUCAUGCUGCCCAGCCCCCACGGUGCCCUGCACAGAGCUUGGAGACACAGAGGCAUCGUGCAGGUGGGUGGGCCCUGUGUGGGUGCCCCACAGCCGCAGGCACGGUGACAGCGGCACGUGAACAAGAGCGGGAGGGAAUAAAGUCGCUACCAGUCCCGGC